AUAAAGAUGUCUCGAAAGUUUUCUAAGGAGUUAAAGAAAGUGAACAUUUCUAGUUCUCUAGAAUCUGAAGAUAUUAGUUUAGAAACAACAAUACCUACAGAUGAUAUCUCCUCAUCGGACGAGAAAGAUGGUAAAAUAAAAAUCACCAGGCAGCUAAUUGAAAGGAAAGAAUUACUUCAUAACAUUCAGUUGCUGAAAAUAGAACUAUCUCAGAAAAAUAUGAUGAUCGACAAUUUGAAAAUGGAUUAUCUUACAAAGAUUGAGGAGUUGGAAGAGAAGCUUAAUGAUGCUCUUCAUCAGAAGCAGCUGCUCACCCUGAGGUUAGACAGCCAGCUGACUUUUCAGCAGAAGGAUGCAAGAAAAUAUCAAGAACUGUUGAAAAAAGAAAUGGAAACUAUCUUAUUGAGACAGAAACAGCUAGAAGAGACAAAUCUUCAGCUAAGAGAGAAGGCGGGAGAUAUUCGUCGAAAUCUGCGUGACUUUGAGUUGGCAGAAGAGCAAUACAUGAAAUUAAAGUCAUUCCCUGAAGAUCAGCUUUCUAUUCCUGAAUAUGUAUCUAUUCGUUUCUAUGAACUAGUGAAUCCAUUAAGAAAGGAAAUCUAUGAGCUGCAAGUGAAAAAGAAUGACCUCGCAGAGGAAUUAAAUGCAAAUAGAGGCCAACUGAAGCAGCUUACAGAGACAUACGAAGAAGAGCGAAGACACCGCUCUGAGCUUCAAAAUAGAUGUCAACGUUUGGCCUUAGAAUUAGCAGACACAAAGCAAUUAAUUCAACAAGGUGACUACCGUCAGGAAAACUAUGAUAAAGUCCAGAGUGAACGUGAUGUCCUUGAACAGGAACUAACUGAGUUUAGAAGAAAGCAUGAAAUACUUGAAGCUUCUCAUAAAAACCAAGUAAAAGAAAGAAGUGAAUUAUCAAAAGAGGUAACCACUCUACAGCAGACUGUGACUUUAUUGCAAAAAGAUAAAGAAUAUCUAAAUCGUCAAAACAUGGAACUUAGUGUUCGUUGUGCCCAUGAAGAAGAUCGUCUGGAAAGACUACAGAUUCAACUUGAAGAAACCAAAAAGUCUAGAGAAGAGAUGUAUGAAAAAUAUGUAACAUCCAGAGACCAUUAUAAAACAGAAUAUGAAAAUAAACUUCGGGAUGAAUUGGAACAAAUCAGAUUAAAAACAAAUCAAGAGAUUGAUCAACUUCGAAGUGCCUCCAGGGAAAUGUAUGAACGGGAAAAUAGAAAUCUACGAGAAGCAAGAGAUAAUGCAGUGGCUGAAAAGGACCGAGCAGUGAUGGCUGAAAAAGAUGCUUUAGAAAAACAUGAUCAGCUCUUAGAAAGAUACAGAGAAAUGCAACUCAGUGAGGAAAGUAAAGUGACGGAAUUUCUCCAUCAAAGUAAAUUAAAGUCUUUUGAGUGUGAGCGUGUCCAACUUCUUCAAGAAGAAACUGCAAGAAAUCUCGCACAGUGCCAACUGGAAUGUGAGAAAUACCAGAAAAAAUUAGAGGUUUUAACGAAAGAAUUUUACAGUCUCCAGGCCUCAUCUGAAAAACGCAUUAGUGAACUUCAAGCACAGAACUCUGAGCACCAAGCAAGGCUAGACAUUUAUGAGAAACUGGAAAAAGAGCUUGAUGAGAUAAUAAUGCAAACUGCAGAGAUUGAAAAUGAAGAUGAGGCUGAAAGAAUUCUUUUUUCCUAUGGCUAUGGUGCUAAUGUCCCCACAACAGCCAGAAGACGAUUAAAACAAAGUGUCCACUUGGCCAGAAGAGUGCUCCAGUUAGAAAAACAAAACUCGCUAAUACUGAAAGACUUAGAGCGUCAGAAGGACCAAGGCACACAGCUUUCACGGGAGCUUGACAGGGCCAACUCACUGUUAAAUCAAACACAGCAGCCGUAUAGAUACCUGAUUGAGUCAGUGCGCCAGAAAGAUUCCAAGAUUGACUCAUUAAAGGAGUGUAUUGCACAACUUGAAAAAGAUGUCAGCAAUCUAACUAAAGAAAAAUCAGCCUUACUACAGAUAAAGAAUCAAAUGGCAUUGGAUUUAGAACAGCUCCUAAAUCACCGUGAGGAAUUGGCAGCAAUGAAGCAGAUUCUUAUAAAUAUGCAAAGUAAGCAUCAUGAGGACAGCUUACUUAUUACCCGAAAGGAUUCAAAACAUGUGACAGAAAACAAGAAGUCAAAAACUGUGGAUGUGCCUACAGAACAUGAAGAAAACAUAUUCAUACCCAAACCAACACUCUUUACUCAGAAUGUAAGUACUGUACAGUUUAAGCUACAAUAUGCUUGGCCUGUAACUUGCUUCAAGGCAUUUAUAUUUAUGCCAUUUUUGUCUGCUAAUUAUAGUAACAAGUUGGAAACAGCAAUUCCAGUCUCCCAGAAAGAUUCCACCCGCUGCUCUCCUUCCCUCUGCGCAGCCCAAUCUGUCAGACAAGUUGUGUACAAACUGCGCGGCCACUCUGCGCGCGAAGCUCGUGGCCCGAGAGGGGUGCGGUCGGCCCGAAGGAGACGGGGCCCUCGGUGA